GCAGAAACCACUUCUCUUUCUCAUCACAUCCAGAGGUAAAUACCACCCAGCAGCACGGCUCCGUCUCCACACCUGGCCGUUCUUCUGCACGCAUGUUUCCGCUUGUGUCAGCCUCGACAGAGAGCCGAGUAGAAUUUAAGAGAUGUGACGAAUAGGGGGAGAUUGGUGAUCUGAGCUGCCUGUCUAUUGACACGACCUGUUGACCUCAUCUUCAGCAUGAAUGGUGAUAUGCCUCAUGUUCCCAUCACGACUCUUGCUGGAAUUGCUAGCCUAACAGACUUGUUGAACCAGCUGCCCUUGCCUUCUCCUCUUCCUGCCACUACUGCUAAGAGUCUGCUCUACAAUGGAAGGAUCUCUGAAGAGGUCAGCAACCUGUUGGUGUGUCGAGACGAGAAUCUGGUGACUCAGCUGGCACAUAGUCUUAACCAGGUCUCCACUGAACACAUAGAGCUGAAAGACAACCUUGGAAAUGAUGAACCCGAAGGUGACAUGCCAUUACUUCUACAAACUUUACUGUCCAGGAACCCCAGAAUCUUCAGGGACAAAAGUGUAUUGCACCAGCCACUGAUACAGCAGUAUAAGAUUUCUCAGAACCAGGUUCACAGGAGUCCAGAACUGAACUAUCAGCAAACCACAGUCCCUCAAAGCCCCUCUGGAUGCUUUACGUCAACACAGUCUGGAUCAGCUACUCAGUUUGUGCCCCAGCAGGACAGUCCUAUACCUAGCCCCUAUACUCCUCAGAGUCCUGCAGACUACAUUCAGUACAAUCCACCCAGUUAUUCUCAUCAUCAACAGUCUCAACAAUUUUCUACUGGUGUGAGUAAUAUCCAUGACAACAAAGUCUCUGGAGAGCUAUCAAGUAAUUCAUCAAAUCAUAAUACAAGACUAGGCUCUGAUGAGGACUACGUGAACGUGGCUCACAGAUCCGGAAAUGAGGAGAAGGACUCUUCCAUGAAGGCUGCCACAUUUUCUGUUAAAUCAUCUCAGACUGCAUGUUCCCCUGCUGGAAGUGGAGGAGCUAUCAAACGAUCCAGACCUUCUCUUAUCAUGCAGUCACCCCCGCCUGAUGUGCCACAAGGUGGAUCACCUGAGAUGCUUCUCUCCACGGCUGAUCGCAGAAAGAAGCAGAAGGAGAAGGCUAGAGAAGAAACUAUGAACAAAAAUGCUUUGUAUGACAUCGUUAGUUCUCCGCAAAAGGACUCCACCAAGCUGACAUUAAAACUGUCCCGAGUGAAGAUUCCAGAUUUGGACAAAUCUGAAGAACCUUGCACCAGGUCAUACAUGGGCACAGACCAAGUAACGGAUAUGAUGAACACAAACAAUAAUCAAUUACCAAGUACACUCCAGGACUCUUCACACAAGGUAGAAACGGAGGAGCAGACAAACUGUCAGCAAGUUGCUGUGCAGCUAAGUACGAAGGAGACUGAAGUCAUCAGUGGAGUUGUGUUUGAUGAUUCUGAGAUGGACGCACUUGAGAGAAUAGACCGCGAGUCAACCAAUGAUAGAGAACGAUGCUCUAAAGAAGUCCAGGAUAAAGACAAGCCACUGAAAAAACGGAAGCAAGAAACUUAUCCUCAGGAACCCGGAGUUGAGGCAAGCGAGGGACCAACUUCACACGGGAGCAACAACAUCAGCAAUCUGACACCCAAAAAGUCGAAUGCUGCAAGUAACGGUGCCGGUCGGCCAGCUUUGAUGGUCAGUAUUGAUCUGCAACAAGCUGGGAGAGUAAUAGGACAGCCUGUAGUUGUCUUGGACCCCCAGCUGAACGUGAAUCAUUUACGUCACUUCAAGACAAAUACUGAUGGAAAGGUCAAUAAAAAUGUUGAAAACAGACCUGGGAUCAUCAAACAGUUUCCUGACACCCCCCAGAAGUCUGGCUCAGAUGGACAGCUCGAAACCCAUAAACAGAAGCAGGAAAGCCGCCAUGAAUCAAAACAGAAACAUGACAGUAAAACUGACAGUGACAGGGGGCAUGCAAAUGAUAAACAUGCAGACACAAUGCAGCAGAAACAUGACAGGCAUUUAGACUCACGCCACAAAGAAGAAAAGAACCUCAAUCACAGGUCUUUGGUCAGCAGGCCAGAGACCCCAAAAACUACUAGCAAGGGGGACUGCAGAGACGAAGAAGACAAAGACAGAGAUAAAGAAAGAAAUAAGGACAGAGACAAACAGAGGGACAGAGAAACAGACAGGGACAGACUCAGAGACAAAGUUAGGGAAAAAGAAAAACCCCAAAAUAGGGAAGGUGACAAAGACAAAGACAUUGCGGUAAGCAGAGACAAAACCAGAGAUAGGGAAAAACCCAGAGAUAGAGAGAGAGGCAAAGACAAAGAUGGGGAUAAAGACAAACUCAAAGACAGAGACAUUGACAUGGAUGGUGACAAAGAGAAGCCCAGAGAUCGGCAUAAACUCAGAGAUAGAAACAAGAACCGAGACAAAAACACUGAGAGGGACAAAGUCAGAGGUAAAGACACACUCGCAGAUGGAGAGAAAGAAAAAAGCAUUGGGAGUGACAAAGACAGAUGUAAAGACAAAACCAGAGAUAGAGACAUGAACAGAGACAAAGACAUUGAGAGUGAUAAAGACAGGUGUAAAGACAAGCUCGGUGAUAGAGACAUGGACAGAGACAAAGACCUUGAGAGCGACAAAGACAGAUGUAAAGACAAGCUCAGUGAUAGAGACAUGGACAGAGACAAAGACCUUGAGAGCGACAAAGACAGAUGUAAAAACAAACUCAAAGAAAGAAACAAAGACAGAGGUAAAGACAAACCUAGAGAUAGAGACAACGACAUGGAAAGUGACAAAGACAAACCCAGAGAUAGAGAUAAAACCAGAAACAGAGACAAGAAUAGAGAGAAAGUCAAAGAAAAUGACAAAGACAGAGGUAAAGACAAACCCAGAGAUAGAGACGACAUGGAAAGCGACAAAGACGAACCCAGAAAUAGAGCUAAAAUUAAAGACAGAGAAAAGAACAAGGAGAAAGUCAAAGAAAAUGACAAAGACAAAGGUGAAGACAAACCCAGAGAUACAGACAAUGAUGUGGAAAAUGACAAAGACAAACCCAGAGAUAGACUUAAAACUAAAGACAGAGAAAAGAAUAGAGAGAAAGUCAAAGAAAAUGACAAAGACAGGGGUAAAGACAAACCCAGAGUUAAAGACAACGGUGUGGAAAGCGACAAAGACCGAGGUAAAGACAAGCCCAGAGAUAGAGACAGAACCAGUAAUAGAGACACGGAGAAAGACAUGGUCGACCAGAAAGACAAAGAAAAAGAAAGAGACAGAGAUGGGAACAGGAAGCACAAGAUACUGUCAAGGGAAAAUUGCAAAAGAAGGUCGCCUGACCAGCACACUAAGACGGAAAAUUCUUCAACAAAGCAAGAUGGAAGCAAAAAAUCAUUGGAGCUCAAUGGUCGACAAAAGACAAGCUGUUCCAGCUUUCAAAUCUCCCCAAAUAAGGAACAAAAGACAAGUGGGGAUGGGACCAUUAGGUGUCACCCUGGAAACAAACAGCAGGCCUCUGAGACAAAAGCUAACGAGUUCCCCUCAUACCUGCUGGGGGUAAAGUCAGGAAGUCUUAAGAACUUUGUGAUCCCUAAAUUGAAAAGAGACGGAACAAAUAAAGAUCUCCAACUUAAAAACAAAAUAUUAGAGGGCUGGAGUGAACCGAUGGUAAGAUUGGAGCGAGUGUCACUGGUAGAGAACUUAAACAAAAGAGCUAAACCUGUUGUUGUGCUACAGAGACUCAGCAUUGAGGAUGUAAAAAGGAUGAUUAAGGAAAGCAGGAAUGCACACAACUCCAGACCCAAGAACUGGUCCUCCUCAGGCAAAUCAGCAGGAGAGACAUUUUGUGAAAGGACUAAUAAGCGAAGGCACAGUGUGAUUAGUAAGGGAUCCAAAUAUGCUGAGGUGGACUCAGAUGAGGAAGAUGAUGAUGAUGAUGAUGAUGGUGGUGAUGAUGAUGAUGAUGAUGGAUCUGACUCUGACUCUGACAAAGGAUCUGCAAAGAAAAAGUCCAAGAAAGAUCAUGACAAGACAUGGAAAACUAUAGACAAGAGAGGUUCGAGGGAUCACCGUCGAAGUGGAAGUAUUCAUAACUCUCGUUCAGGUGGCCGUCACCAGGAAUGCAGCGAAGAUGAUUCAGAUGAUAACUUGCCUCCCUCCCUAAGUGAAGUGUCCAAGAAAAUGAAGAAAAAGGAGAAACUGAAAAAAAGGAUGUCGCACGAUCCUAAGAUGACACUGGAGGAAAUGCUAGAUUCCUCCACGUUCAAGAGAUUUUCAUCCAGUGUGGACAACAUCCUUGAGGGCCUUGAGGACGUUGAUCUCACUGCUACAGAUGAUGAUGAAAUACCUGAAGAGUUCUUGCUUGGGAAGCAGCAGUUGAGUGAGCUAGGCAGCGAUUCUACAAAAAUUAAAGCUAUGGGCAUCUUAAACAAGUUGUCAUCAAGUAAACUGGGGAAAUUUAUGAACAUACUGGAGAAGAACAUUUUGGAUAGUGUCAAACUCUCCACCCUAAUGAGCCAUGAUAAUGAAUCCAAGGAUGAGGAGCGUUUGUGGCGCGACCUCAUAAUGGAGCGUGUGAAUAAGUCUGCGGAUGCCUGUUUGACUGCACUCAACAUAAUGACAUCUCCACAUAUGCCCAAGGCAGUUUAUAUCGAGGAUGUGAUUGAGAGAGUGUUGCAGUUCACCAAGUUUCAUCUGCAAAAUACUUUGUACCCUCAGUAUGAUCCUGCAUACAGACUGGAUCGCCACGGAGGUGGCAGUUCAAAGUCCAAGAGAGCAAAAUUUUCCACCCACAAACAGAAAGUGGUAGUCGUUCUCUACAACAAAGUAUGUGAUAUCAUCAGUAACAUCUCAGAGCUCCUCGAAUUACAGCUGCUAACUGACACCACAAUUCUCCAGGUGUCCAACCUUGGUAUUACACCCUUUUUUGUGGAGAAUAUCAGGGACCUUCAGUUAUGUGCCAUCACACUAGUGACAGCAGUGUUCGCUCGUUACGAGAAGCACAGGCAGCUCAUUCUUGAGGAGAUUUUUAACUCUCUGGCUAGAAUGGCUGCUAAUAAACGAAACCUCAGGAAUUUCAGGCUCAACAGCAGUGAUUCAGAUGGACGGCCUUUGUAUAUCCAGAUGGUCUCAGCCCUGGUUUUUCAGCUCAUCCAAUGUGUGGUUAACCUUCCAUCUGAGAAAGAGACAGGAGAGGAACGGAAUAAGAAGGUGGAUAAAGACGUCUUCAUUACGAACUCUUAUGAAACUGCCAUGAGGACAGCUCAGAACUUUCUCUCAGUGUUUCUCAAGAAAUGUGGCAGUAAGCAGGGCGAGGAGGACUACAGGCCUCUGUUUGAGAACUUUGUUCAGGACCUGCUGUCUGCAGUCAAUAAGCCUGAGUGGCCUGCAGCUGAACUGCUGCUCAGUUUACUGGGCCGACUGCUGGUGCACCAGUUCAGUAAUAAGCAGACAGAAAUGGCACUCAGGGUGGCAUCGCUGGACUACCUCGGGACUGUUGCCUCUCGUCUGCGUAAAGAUGCCGUCUCUACAAAGACGGACAAAAGGGCUGUUGAUCGCAUUCUUAAAGAGACUCCAGGCAGUGAUGAGAUACAACCACUACAGAAGGCUUUGUUGGACUUCCUAGAUGAGAACAUUGAUACAGAUCCAGCUUUAGUGUUUGCCAGGAAAUUUUAUAUUGCACAGUGGUUCAGGGACACAACAACAGAAGCAGAAAAAGCAAUGAAGUCUCAAAAUGACAGCGACGAGGACUCUAAGGGCCACCAUCAUUCCAAGAAUGUUGACUCAACAGGGGAGAUUAUGCAGAGAGCUGAGGCACGGAAGAAAUUUCUCCGCAAGGUCAUCAAGACUUCACCAUCAAAUUUAAUCUCUCAGAGGAUAAACUCGGACAUCGUAGACUAUGAGGACUCCUGUCUGAUUGUCAGAUAUUUGGCCUCUAUGAGGCCAUUGGCACAGAGCUUUGAUAUUUAUUUGUCACAGAUCCUGAGAGUGCUGGGUGAGAGUGCCAUCGCAGUCAGAACUAAAGCCAUGAAGUGUUUGUCUGAGGUGGUGGCUGUGGACCCAAGUAUUCUGGGAAGGUUGGAUAUGCAGCGUGGGGUUCAUUGUCGUCUUAUGGAUAACUCCACCAGUGUUCGAGAGGCAGCCGUUGAGCUCCUUGGACGUUUCGUGCUGUGUCGGCCCGAGCUCAUUGAGCAGUACUAUGACAUGCUCAUUGAAAGGAUAUUGGACACAGGUAUCAGUGUGAGAAAAAGAGUCAUCAAGAUCCUCAGGGACAUUUGCCUGGAGCUGCCAGACUUCCACAAGAUCACUGAGAUGUGUGUGAAGAUGAUCCGGAGAGUCAACGAUGAAGAAGGGAUCAAGAAACUAGUGAACGAGACUUUCCAGAAGCUCUGGUUCUCUCCCACGCCCAGUCAUGACAAAGAUGCUAUGACCAGAAAGAUCCUGAACAUCACAGAUGUGGUGCUGGCAUGUAAGGAUUCAGGUUAUGACUGGUUUGAGCAGCUUCUUCAAAAUCUGCUGAAGUCUGAGGAGAAGGCUUCCUACAAACCUGCCAAGAAAGCCUGUGUCCAGCUGGUGGACAAUUUGAUGGAGCAUAUACAAACAUUUGAAGAGUCCCUUACAGAGUGUGAAGAUAAAGGUGUAAACUCAGGCCGUCUAGUUGCAAGCAUCACUACGCUCUACCUUUUCACUAAAAUCAGAGCACAGUUAAUGGUCAAACAUGCAAUGACCAUGCAGCCCUACCUGACCACCAAGUGCAAUACUCAGAGUGACUUCAUGGUGAUUUGCAAUGUGGCCAAGAUCCUGGAGCUCGUUGUUCCUCUGAUGGAAGAACCAAGUGAGACUUUCCUGACAACCACAGAGGAAGACCUGAUGAAGCUUAUAAUCAAAUACGGCAUGACGGUCGUACAACAUUGUGUGAGCUGUCUGGGUGCUAUUGUGAACAAGGUCACACACAACUACAAGUUUGUUUGGGCUUGUUUCAAUCGGUUCUACGGAGCUCUGUCUAAACUCAAGACACAGCACCAGGAAGACCCCAGCAGCUCCACUCUGGCUGCCAACAAACCUACGCUGCUGCGCUCUCUCUUUACUGUGGGGGCUCUCUGUCGACACUUUGAUUUUGACCAAGAAGAGUUCAAGGGUGCUAACAAGAUUGUCAUAAAGGAAAAAGUAUUGGAACUCCUCCUGUAUUUCACUACACAUGAGGAUGAGGAGGUCCAGAUCAAGGCCAUCAUAGGUCUAGGAUUCCAGUUCAUCAUGCACCCAGAGCUCAUGUUUGUGCAAGAUGUAAAAGUUCUGUAUAACAACACCAUGGCAGAUGACAACAGUGUGGUUGGUCUGAAGAUCCAAGUGCUCAAAAACCUGCAGACGUACCUGCAGGAGGAGGACUCUCGAAUGCAAGAGGCUGACCGUGAAUGGAAGAAACAAGCCAAGGAGGAGGAUCUGAAGGAAAUGGGGGACAUCUCAUCAGGCAUGAGCAGCUCCAUAAUGCAGAUUUACCUGAAGCAGGUCCUGGAGUCCUUCUUCCACUCACAGUCCACUGUUCGGCAUUUUGCUUUGAGUGUUAUUUCACUAACUCUCAACCAGGGCCUCAUCCAUCCGGUGCAGUGUGUUCCUUAUUUGAUCGCCAUGGGAACAGAUCCAGAGCCAACCAUGAAGAACAAGGCAGACCAACAACUGGUGGAGAUUGACAAAAAAUAUAUAGGCUUCAUCCAUAUGAAGGCAGUUGCAGGGUUGAAGAUGUCUUACCAGGUGCAGCAGGCCAUACAUGGAUCCAAAGUGGCCGUGAUCCGAGGUUUCCGACAGGAUGACGCAGACUCGGCUCUCUGUUCUCAUCUCUACACUUUGGUCCGAGGGAACCGACAACAUAGACGGGCUUUCCUCAUCUCCCUGCUCAACCUGUUUGACGAGAGCUCUAAAACAGAGGUGAAUAAGCUGCUGUUCAUCGCAGACAACCUGGCCUGUUUCCCUUACCAGACCCAGGAGGAGCCUCUUUUCAUCAUGCACCACAUAGACAUUACUCUGUCUGUUUCUGGUAGCAACCUUCUCCAGUCGUUCAAAGAGUGUUUACAGAAGGGGACGGUAAAGGUUGUAAAGAAGGUGAAGACAAAAAAGAAAAAGAAGCAUCAUUCUCGGAGGAGGAAAAACAGUUCGGAUGAAGAUGACGAGGACAGCAGCAGCAGCAGCAGUAGCAGCAGCAGCAGUUCCAGCAGCAGUGAUGAAGAUGAGGAGGUGGUCCACAGGAAGAAAACCUCAGGCACGGUCUCAGAUUCUGACAUGGAAGAUGAAGAAGCAGUGAUGGAGCGUCUGCCCGAAAACACUGUCCCUCUGCAGGAGUUUGCUAGCGCUUCACAGGGAAUUCUGCUGCUGCUGGUGCUCAAACAGCAUCUGAAAAACCUUUAUGGUUUCUCAGACAGCAAAAUCCAGAAGUACUCACCGACAGAGUCUGCCAAAGUCUACGACAAAGCAGUGAACAGGAAAUCUAAGGUGCACUUCAGUCCUCGUCAGACACUGGCGUACCUGAAGAGCGACCUGGCCAACACCGAUCUCAGCUAUGAGACUAAGAGGAAAAUUGUCAAACAAUAUUUAGAUUUCAAGGUACUGAUGGAGCACUUGGAUCGCGAUGAAGAGGAUGAGGAGGGUGAAGCAAACGCCAAUGCCAGAAACAAAGCCAUCACUUCGCUGCUGAAGUGCCCAAAACCUCGGAACCAUAAUCACACUGUUCCAGUGGAGACGGACAAUGAGGAGAGUGAUGAUGAAGAUCCUCCUGCGAGAAAACCAAGAAAAGGUGAGGAUUCUGCCGAGGAUUCAGGCCACAGGAACGAGACAGUGGAAGUCAUGGACGUUGUGGCCAUCUCCCGCCCCAAAUACAAAGACAGGCCACAAAUUGCCAAGGUCAUCCAGAAGACCCGAAGUGGCUACAGCAUACACUGGAUGACAGGAACCUACUCUGGACCAUGGGCUGUGGCCAAGAAACGGGACGGUCGCAAAAAGGUUCCUUGGGUCGACAGCAUCAAGGAGUCAGACAUUAUUUACAAGAAGAUUUCCUUGACAAGCGGACAAAAGCUCACGAACAAAGUGGCACAGACAUUACGGGCGCUAUACGCUGCCAAGGAGGGGACUAAGAGGUAAUCACAUGACUCUAUCAAACAGCCCUCACAGCCCAAAUCUGUAGAUGUACUAUGUUACAAGCAGAGAAAGUAAACAUCUUUAGAAUUAAGGCCCUUGUGGAGGAGGAAUAUCGCAAACAUUUACCUUUUUGACUACAGACAUGUGUAAAGUAAACACAAGAAAAGCAGAGAAGGAAAUGUUUGGGAAAACUGUUGCGGGAGUUCCUUCGCUGUUGUGCAGCAACUUGGUUGUUUGAUUUUUACUCCCACUGUAUCAUAGUUUAACUAAAAACAUGUUUAUACCUGAACAUAAUUCUGUAAAAAUUGAAUUGAAUGUUGGAAAUUAGUGUAUUGAUGAUGUUCUUAAUAAAGUGUUUUUGGAAUUAUAACUAGCACCAGAUGGAUUUAUUCACUUAACUUGAGCUUCAACAACUUUUAACUCCUUGUUUCAAACACUUUGUUGUUUACCCUCACUGUGUAAUAGACUACCUUUGAUAUAAUUUAUUUAUGUUGAAAGCAGUGCAGUAUCUGUGCCUAUAUUGUUGAAAAUAUAGAUUUUGAUGUUAUACAACAGAGGGCCACAGUAAAGUUAUCGCCUGCUCUUCUGGUGGAACAAAUACUGCAAUAAAUUUUUCUUACGUCUUU